AUGGAUAGGUCGGCUUCCAAAGCCCGACCCGCGCCCCCAGGGCUAUCAAUUCGGCAUGGGCCGGUCGAUGACCGUAUGGAUAUCGAUUCUGCACCCAACGGGACCGUGAAGCGCAAGUCCCGAAACUCGAUUGGCCAGGCCGUCAAAUACAAGGAAGAGUCGGAUAGCGAGGACGCCGCCCCCUUGGCCAAACGCCAAAAAUCGCAGCACAAGAAGGUCGAAUCCGAUAGCGACGACGUACCGAUUGCACGAAGGAACGGCUCGAAGCUGCCUCCUUCGAUCAAGAACACGUCAACGCUCGAGUCAUCCGAUGACGACCAGCCAUUGGGAACAAAGAUUGCUCAAAGGAAAGCCGGCAUCGAGAAAGCUGCCGCCAAAGAGGCCAAAGCUAUCCGGGCGGACGCCAAAACAAAGAAGCCAACGCCAAGGAAGGCCGUCAAGGAGGAAUCCGACGAUGAGCCACUCGCGAAGCCCAAAAAGCGCCAAUCAAAUGGCGUGUCCUCUUCCAAAAAAGCUAACGGCAUCAAGAAAGAGGAAUCCGAUUCUGACGUGCCCAUUGCGAAGAAGGGAAAGAAGGCUGCCCCGGCACCGAAGAAGGGCAAAGCCGUCCCGCAGGGCAAGGGCAGCAAGGCCGUGAAAGACGAGUCGAAAGAAAACAGCGAAGGCGAAGACGAGGAGGAGUACCGAUGGUGGGACGCCCCGAAGAAGGAAGACGACUCGGUCAAGUGGACGACGCUUGAGCACAGUGGCGUACUCUUCCCCCCAGAGUACGAGCGUCUUCCCAAGAACGUGAAGCUUCUUUACGACGGGCAGCCUGUUGACAUGCAUGUUGAGGCUGAGGAAGUCGCCACUUUCUUUGGCUCCAUGCUCCAUUCAACUCAAAACGUCGAGAACCCCGUCUUUCAGAAAAACUUCUUCACCGACUUCAAGGACAUUCUGAAGAAGACGGGCGGCGCCAAGGACAAGCAGGGCAAGACCGUCGAAAUCAAGGACUUCAAGAAGCUCGACUUCACCAAGAUUUUCGAUCACUACAAGGCGCUCGGCGACGCUAGGAAGGCGCGUCCCGCUGCCGAAAAGAAGGCCGAAAAAGCCGAAAAGGACAAGGCCGAAGGCCACUACAUGUUCUGCAAAUGGGAUGGCCGGAAGGAGAAAGUGGGCAACUUCCGUGUCGAACCGCCAGGCCUCUUCCGUGGCCGCGGUGAACACCCCAAGACCGGCACCGUCAAGAAGCGUGUCCUGCCCGAGCAGGUCACAAUCAACAUUGGAAAAGACGCCAAGGUUCCGGCGCCGCCUCCUGGGCACAAGUGGAAGGCCGUGCAGCACGACAACAAGGCGACUUGGCUAGCGAUGUGGCAAGAAAACGUCAACGGGAAUUACAAGUACGUGAUGUUGGCAGCCAACAGCACCGUCAAGGGUCAGGCCGAUUUCAAAAAGUUCGAGAAGGCCCGCGACCUCAAGAAACACAUUGAUCGCAUCCGUGCCGACUACACGAGGGAGCUUAAGAGUGAAGUCAUGGCAGACAGGCAACGCGCUACGGCAAUGUAUCUGAUCGACAAGUUCGCCCUGAGAGCCGGCAACGAAAAGGACACGGAGAACGAGGCCGAGACCGUCGGCUGCUGUUCUUUGAAGUUCGAGCACGUCACUCUUAGAGAACCCAACACGGUCAUCUUCGAUUUCCUCGGUAAAGACAGCAUCCGGUUCUACAACGAGUUCUCGGUGGAUCGCCAAGUUUUUAAGAAUCUCAAGGUGUUCAAGAAAAGCCCGAAGGAGGACGGAGAUGACAUCUUCGACAGGUUGACGACUUCGCAACUGAACAAGCAUCUCUCGAGCUACAUGACUGGCCUCACAGCAAAAGUGUUCCGUACAUACAACGCUUCCUGGACCAUGUCACAGCUUCUUCAGAAGCUCAAGGUGGAGGACAGGACCAUGGCCGAGAAGAUCAAGCUCUAUAACGAUUGCAACCGAGAAGUGGCCAUUCUCUGCAACCACAAGCGGACAGUCGGCGCAGGCCAUGAAGCGCAGAUGGAGAAGCUCGGCGAUCGCAUCAAGGGCCUGAAGUACCAGAAAUGGCGCACAAAGAUGAUGAUGCUUGACCUAGACACUAGGCUCAAGAAAAAGAAGGGCGCCGAAUUCUUCGAGCUCGAUCCUGAUCUGGACCAAGCCUGGAUCGAGGAACACCAGCAGUUCCUCGCGAAAGAGUUGCAGGAGAAGAUCGAGAAGAAGUUUGCGAAGGACAACGAGAAGCUCGAGGCCGAUAAGCAGACCAAGUUGCCAGCCAAGGAGCUUAAGGAGCGGCUCAAGGCAGUCGCCGAGCUCGAGGCCAAGUUCAAGAAGGAGAACAAAACCAAAAAGGUUGAGGCCGAAGGCAAGGGUCCCAGCGUGGAGAAGUUGACGACGGCCGUUGAGAAGCUGGACGAGCGCAUAAGGACCCUCGAGAUGCAGUCCGCAGAUCGCGAAGGCAACAAGGAGGUUGCCCUGGGCACAUCCAAGAUCAACUACAUUGACCCUCGCCUCACUGUCGUCUUCUCGAACAAGUUCAAGGUUCCGAUCGAGAAGUUCUUCUCCAAGACUCUCCGCGACAAGUUCAACUGGGCCAUCCAGUCCGUCGGUGAGGAUGACACUUGGGAGUUCUAA